CUGAUGUGGUCAUACUUUUAGUACAUUUCCGUUUAGGUUUCUAUUUUUACGGAACAAAGCAGAGAUGUGGAGCUUUCAAAACCUGCUGUUCACCAUCUGUGUUGCUCUGAGGUGUUUGAUCAAUGCAGUAGGGGUGAUCCAUGUGACUGGAUACCUGGAGAGUGAGGUUAACGUCUCCUGCUCCUAUGAUGAGGGUUACGAGUCUUAUGAGAAGUAUCUGUGUAAGAACAACUGUGGUGACAGUGAUGUUCUUAUUACAACUUCAAAACCAGUGAAAAACAAAUACAGGAUCCAUGAUGACAAAACAGCACGAAUCUUCACAACAACCAUCCUUCAUUCUGUGGAUGCUGGGAAAUACUGGUCUUCCAACCUCCCAUAA